UCUUCUCAUCUUUACUCAGUCACUUGCAGCUUCAAAAUGCCAGUAGCACUACACGAACUGCUUUUAUUCACGAUUGGAAUAGUUUAUCUAACAGAUGGAAACUCAGCACUGCUAUCUGUACGAAAAGACCCUAGGUGUGGGCAGAAACCACGUGAGACAAAGCCAUGGAGUUACUUCAACCUCCUCACACGCAUUGUUGGUGGGAACCAGGUGGAACAAGGCUCCCAUCCAUGGCAGGUUUCCUUGAAACGAAGGCAAAGACAUUUCUGUGGAGGCACCAUUGUUUCUGCUCAAUGGGUGGUCACGGCAGCUCACUGUGUUGUAGACAGGUAUAUAUUGGAUUACCUGAAUGUCACUGCAGGAGAGUAUGAUUUGAGUCUUGAGGAGGAGGAAGAGCAGACUCUGCCUGUUGAAUCCAUCAUUAAACACCCAUAUUUCAAUCCUGGAAGACCCAUGAAUUAUGACAUUGCCCUUGUGAAGUUGAAGGGCUCCUUCAGAUUUAGUCCAUCGGUUGUGCCAGCAUGCCUUCCUGAUCCAGAUGAGAAGUUUGAUCCAGGAUACAUUUGCACCACUUGUGGUUGGGGCCGUCUAAGAGAGAAUGGAAACCUUCCUCAAGUUUUGCAUGAAGUGAAUUUGCCAAUCCUGAAUUACAAGGAAUGUUCUAGAAUAUUAUUAACUUUGAGAAAACCAAUCCAAGGUGACACUUUAAUGUGUGCUGGAUUUCCAGAUGGAGGAAAGGAUGCAUGCCAGGGUGAUUCUGGGGGUCCUCUUUUGUGCCGGCGUAAGCAUGGUGCCUGGACUCUGGCUGGUGUGACUUCCUGGGGCAUGGGCUGUGCUCGUGGUUGGAUUAAUAACUUGCGGAAAAACUAUGACCAGAGAGGAUCACCAGGUGUUUUCACAGAUCUCAGGAAGGUGCUCUCCUGGAUUCAUGGAAAGAUCAAUGCUGACUUGAAAAUGAAAAGUUCUACAGCCUCAUGUAGCAGUCAGGAUGGCAAACUGCGUGGCAAUGAAGGGUCAUUACGUUUCCCUGAAAGUCCCAACCGUUUCUAUGAAAACAACCAGUUGUGUGUGUGGACUCUUCUUGUCCCAAAAGGAAUGCACAUACUUCUUAAUUUUUCCCACUUUGAUGUAGAGCCAGACACAUUCUGUGACUAUGAUUCCCUGCUGGUGUAUUCAAAAGAUGACAGGCUUGUUGGGAAAUUCUGCGGUGAUGAUCCUCCAUCGCCCAUUUUAGUGGGCUACAAUAGUGUGAGGCUGAAAUUUGUCUCUGAUAAUAAGGAGUAUGGAGCUGGAUUUUCCAUAACAUACAAAGCAGUUUCACCAGAUGCUCUUCCUGAUUCUGGCUGUGGGUCCUUAGCUGUCCUCUUUAAAGCAGGAGUGAUACAAAGCAUGCACUAUCCUGAACCCUACAGUAACCUGGCACAGUGUCACUGGAUUAUUCAUGCUCCAGAGGACCAUGUCAUUCUGCUUACUUAUCAGUCUUUUGAAAUAGAAGAAAAUGAAGACUGCUCCUAUGAUUCUGUGACAGUAUAUGAGGAUUCAGCAAAAGAGGAGGAAAUAGCCAAGUGUUGUGGAUUUGCUGUUCCACCGCCUGUCCUGAGUUUCUCUAAUGUGAUGCUGAUCAUCUUUAAAUCAGAUGAAACAGAAUGUUUUGGGGGAUUUCAAGCCACAAUCUCCUUCAUUCAUAUGGCAGAUUUAAAUAUAUCAGAUUCAAACAACGAAACAACAUUUCUUGAAGAUGUCCAUGUGGCCAUAAAUGAAACAGAAAUUCCAGAUUAUAUCUGUGGAGUGCCUUCAAACCAACCCAGGUUUCUCUUCAGUAGGAUAGUUGGAGGUGAGGAAGCUGUACCCUACUCAUGGCCUUGGCAGGUCAGCAUCCAGAUUUCAGCAGAACAUGUGUGUGGAGGAGCAGUUCUUGCCAAAGACUGGGUUGUCACAGCUGCUCACUGUUUUAGUCAUAAUGCAAUUAGCCCUGAGAAUGUCCUUACUUUCUUCUCUUUGAGGAAACAGUACAAAGAUUUAUGGAUGGUGGUUGCUGGACUCCAUGAUAUUACAGAGCAAGAGCACAGUCAGAAAAGAUCAGUGAAGCAAUGCAUCAUGCAUCCAAAUUUUAACGAGACCACCAUGGAUUCAGACAUUGCAUUAUUGCAAUUGACAGAGCCUUUAAAAUUUAAUCACUAUGUGCGCCCAGUGUGCCUUCCAGAGGAAGAAGAGGAGGUUCAGCCUUCUCAAGUGUGCACUAUCACAGGAUGGGGUGCAUACGAUGAAGACAGAGAAAAGACCAAAAAGCUUCAGCAGCUGGAAGUCCCCAUCCUUGUACUUGAGACAUGUCAGAAGUACUAUCUGAACCGUUCUGGUAAAGUGACCCAAAGGAUGCUCUGUGCUGGAUUUCCUCAAGAAGAGGGAAAGGAUUCAUGUACAGGUGACUCCGGUGGCCCAUUAGUUUGUCCUUCAGAAGAUUCAGGAUUUUACACCCUCAAUGGAAUAAUAAGCUGGGGCUUUGGCUGUGGAAGAAAAAGCUACCCAGGAGUCUAUACAAAUGUUGCUGUUUUCAUGGACUGGAUCAAUCAGCACAUGAGUAGUGGUAUGUAGUGGCAAGACACAAAGAUCAUCAAGCUAUUCAGACUUUCAAGACAGAAGCUAAACUCAGCAGUGACUGGGGGUACCUUGUAUCAUAUGCUCCAGUGGUUCUACCUUCAUAAUGGAAUUCCUCUAUGACUCUCAAGGACCUUACUUCUGUGGCUCCUGAAUGGCUUACAAGUUUCAUGACUCACAGUUAAGAUUAAAAUUCCUUUGUGCCUUUUGGACAUUGAACUCCUCAUUUUGUAUUUGGAAAACUCAGUGGAUCUGUAAGUUAAGGGACACAUUGAUAGUAAUAAAAUGCAUUUUAAGCCUUUGCAUCUUUUUAUGACAAUAUACUUGGUUUUCAUAAGCUUAUUAGGCCUGACUUGCCUUUCAGUCAACUCAUCUCUACACCAGUUUAACUCCUUCGGUUGCAAUGAUUCUCAUUAGUUUAAUGAGAAAAAUAUCAGGACCAUGAUGUUUGGCUUUAAAAUUGUAGUUUUAUGAAUUGCUAACAUUUUAUUAGUGGGUUUGAAAUCAGUCAUAUACAUGCGUUAGUUCUGAUUAGUUUGCAUCUUUUACUACUUAAUCAGUAAUUAAAGUGUUGGCUAUGUAAAGACUGAGUAAGGCCUAUGGAUUUGGACCAGCAUUUCAUAUGUAGCAUAUCUGACCAUAUAAUAAAUUUGUGCACUGAAAAUGGCUGCCUGAGAUUUUGUAGAUUGAACUGUUUGGUUUUGAAAUUCUGGUAUGGUGCUAAUGUGGAUUAAAUAAUAAUAAGUGAUUCACGUGUGUAGGAUUGUCAGACUUUAAAGUUGGCCCCAAGUAUCUAAAAUCAAGGUAAAAUGUGUUUCUUGAUAUGUGAAUAAAGAUAGUCUUCUCUGUAAUGCUGCAAGAAAGCAAAUUAAAACUGUGUGCUGUGUUUACUGUAGAACAAAAAGAGAGCUUACUGUUCAGAACAAGUAUACAGAGUUGGUGUAUACAGACUAAUUUAGCUGGUGGCAUUGCUGUCUAACCAAGCCUCCUUUAUGACCAGCUUAGUUAGCUCUGAAAUGGUAGGCCUAGA